GGCAUGUCAAAGGUCGGGGUCUGGCGGCCGGGGCUGUGCUCGUGUCCGGGUUGUUCUUUCGCCGUGGAGCGCCUCCGCGCCGCGUUCCCUUGGCGAGCGUCUGCUGAGCCUCCCGGGUGUCGAGGCGGGCCCCUCAUCCGGCUCUGCUUCCCACGGAGAACUGGGUCCCCUUCCCGCCCUCCUCGGGCCCGGCUGGCCGUGGCCGCUCUGAGGCGAGGGAGGCCCCGACCCACCCCCCCUCGUAUCCUCGGGCAGUCCCGGUCCGGAAGGGCGCGGGGGUGCUGAGCGCCGCCACUAACACCAGUCGGAGCGGUUUCGAUACAGGAUAUUCUGAUGACUAUGGCAGCCGCAAGAAAUGUGAUGAGAGCUGUCAGAGUUUUUGAAUUUGGCGGCCCUGAAGUACUUAAAAUCCAGUCAGAUGUUGUAAUUCCUGCUCCAAAAGAAAAUCAGGUGUUAAUUAAAGUCCAUGCCUGUGGGGUAAAUCCUGUCGAGACAUAUAUUCGUUCUGGGACUUACUCUAGAAAACCAGCUUUACCCUACACUCCAGGCACGGAUGUGGCUGGUGUAAUUGAAGGGAUCGGGGAACAUGUGACUACAUUCAAGAAAGGUGACAGGGUUUUUACCAUUGGUACAAUCUCUGGAGGAUAUGCGGAUUAUGCAGUUGCUGCAGCUAAUAAAGUGUUUCCUUUGUCGGACAAAUUGGACUUUAAGCAAGGAGCAGCAAUUGCAAUACCCUACUUCACUGCUUAUCGUGCUCUCUUCCAAAAAGGGUGUGCCAAAGCAGGAGAGAGUGUGCUAGUGCAUGGAGCCAGUGGGGGGGUUGGAAUAGCAACAUGUCAGAUUGCCAGAGCUUAUGGUUUAAAGGUUUUGGGUACAGCAGGAACUGAGGAGGGCAUGAAGAUGGUCCUGAGAAAUGGUGCUCACCAAGUAUUUAAUCACAGAGAAGCAAAUUACAUUGAUAAAAUUAAGGAAUACACGAGGACAGGAGGAGUUGAUAUAAUAAUAGAAAUGCUCUCUAACAUCAAUCUUGCUGCUGACUUGCAACUGCUGUCCUUUGCAGGAAGGGUGAUGGUUGUGGGCUGUAGAGGUCCAAUCGAGAUAAAUCCCAGAGACACGAUGACUAAAGAGUCUAGCAUAAUUGGAGUCAGUCUGUUUCUUGCAACUGAGGAGGAGAUGCAUGAAUGUGCAGCGGCACUUCUUGAUGGCAUAGAAGCUGGCUGGCUGAACCCAGUUGUAGGCCCGGAAUAUCCACUGGAGCAAGUGGCUAAGGCUCAUGAAGACAUUCUUCAUAGCCGUGGUGCACGAGGAAAGAUGGUGCUCCUUCUGUGAAGUCUUUUCCCAUCUAUUUUGUAGCUGUUCUAACUGCACCUCUGCUUACAUGAUUCAUUGAAUGUGUAGUAUAAAAAUACUUCUGAUCAGGUUUGACAGUAACAGCAGAUGCUGACUUACGUUAAUUACAUUAAUCAAUUACCAAUCGAUUUUAUUUUUUAAUAAGCAGAGCUGUGUAUACUUCAAAGGAAUUUUUGUAGCUCUUUUGGCUGACGCGGAAAUAAUCAAUUUUCUGUGGUGGUGUGGCCUUGUGGUGCAAGGGAAGCAAAUACCUCAGGCAGGAUUGAAUCUCUUGCUCUCUGGGAAGUUACAAUGAAGCUGCUGCGGGCGAAUGAUUUUCAGCCGAUACAAAUAUGUAUAGAACUAACUAUACAGGUAUAACUAGGAGUCUGUAAAUUCCUUAGCCACAAAAUUUGUCUUAUUCAUCUUUUGUCACAUAAUUUACUUGGAAUAAAAGCUUCUGCUGCCAAAAUAUUUCACUUUUCAGCUCAUGGCCAAAGAAUCUGUCAAAUGAGAACUACUCGGAAGCAGAGGCAGUUUCGUUUUGCUAUGUCUGACUUAAUAUCUGAGUUGCAAGUGUCCCAGUUAAUUCAGAGAGACCGUAACUCUGGAGUUGCUUGCUAUUAUUGUAUUUGCUACUCUGCAGCUGAUCAUAUUGGGAGAAGCAGCUAAUUCCUUGAUGGUAAAUGGCUGGGUAGUGAGGAUUUAAAAUCUUCCUGCAGACUUUAUUAAAUGUAAAGGCACUAAUUUCUACUGAUGUUUUGCUUAAUCUCAGCUAAGAAACUAAUUGGCAAAAUCUUUUGAAAUGUCUGGAUUUCUCUCCUAGGUUUGUCAUCCCCUGUUAAAAUAUUAAGGUGAGAUAAGAGGUUUUUACAGGGGGGCUCAUGGAACUAAUUCAGUUAAUAUUGAUGAUGAAAGAGCAAGGUCUCAGUGUCAAAGAGGGGAGGAAGUUAAGGAACGUAAGGAAGACUUUGUCCAGCACCGAGUUGGUUGCUGUGGAAGUGCAUCUCUGGUGUUUACCAUGAACUUCUCAGUAGAGAGGAGAGCACUCCAAGUCCUAGGUUCAGACUUGCAACAUCAGCCUUUUUCAGGUAUGAAAACAUCUCUUUGAAUGCCAUGUUUGGGAUUGCUACUCAAGUGAUAAUUUAAACUUACAGGUGAGUAAAUUUUCUAACAUAGCAGAAAUAUACACACCUCUACAAAGCUAUACCUACUUUCCCCAGCAGGAUUUAAGAAAGCGUUUGAAUUUCUGGUGGGGUGGAUAAUAUUAAGAUAUUAUAGCUGUUAAACACAGGAUUGAAGGAACAUGCUGGAUGACUGAGUUAAGUCCUUGCAACUUGAGCUCUGUCUUCUACAGCAGGCAGACCACAGUGCUGUUUCUUCUGUGCAAAUGUAAAUGUGAAGUCCUUUUGCUAUUAUACCGAGUCAUUUAACUGUUCCUUGUUCAUAUAAACCUCAUAACCAUUGCAUCAAAUGGAUUGUUUUGCAAGGGAAGAAGAUGGAGUGUUUCUGGAGUGAAUGUUUUCAAACUAAUAUUUUAAUAAGUGCUUUUGAAAAUAGUUGCUGGGGAAAAGAAGGAUUAUGCAGACUUGGCUGUAGGAGUGCAUCAGCGGGGUCGUUGCCUGCCAGUGCCUCAGGGGUAGCAGCCUGUCACAGCUGGAGGCUGUGUGGAUGCCCCAGUGGGCAGGUGCUGGCUUCCCUGCAGGUCACACUUCCAAUAUGAGUAGGGGGCUGCAUUCCCACUUGGUCCGAAUUUGAAGGUUUAAGAAUGAUUAACGUAGUGUAAGUGAUGUGGGCAGGUAGUGUUUAACUGACGAUUCAGGUAAAAGGUGCUGAUUAUUCCUGUUCCUUCUGGCAAAACGAUAGCAGGUAGGGAAUCUGUGAUUCUGCUUGGCAGCACUGUUGGAGAAAGUAAACCAGCUCUUAAUGUGGAGGUACUAAAUAACAGACCAAGAAUAGUAGUUAAUGAUGGAUAUGAUGAUGCGUAUAUGAAAAUACACGUUUUCUUUAUACAUGGUAAAUUUUAAAAUCUGUGGUUCUUUUUAAUUUGUCCUUUGCUCAGAGGGUGUUAGAGGAAUGAGAGGCUUAUGGUUUACAGGGACUCCUUUCUUGCUUGAUGCCACCUGUGCACUGGAGCUGAUGCUCAGAGAUGAAAUUUGGAACAGUUUCCCUGUCAGUGCAGUUGCUGCUGUUCAUAGGACAGGGUUUGUUACAGGCUCCUGACCAGAAGGUGUCAGAGGAGUUCUUGGGUUUCUGUGACACUGCAGGCUUCUUCGGCAAAGUGGAGCAGGAUGAACGCGCAGCGCUCAGAGAGCUCUAUGAAGGCAUGCAAUAGAGCAUCUAAUUUCUUGGUCCGUAUCUGAUGUAUGGUACAAAUGGAAGGGGUUGUUUUUAUAUUGGGACAUGGAUGUGAAUAAAAAUAACAACAUAGGGCUGACCACAAGGUGCAGGGAGGAGCAAGGAGCUGCAAUGGUAUUUUGGGGCUGUGGUCAGUGCUGUGGCAGAUAUGAGCCAGGACUUUGGCCGUGGGUGGAGGUGCAGCACUCUGAGAUCUUGUCAUGCUGAAGGUGAGGGGCCUGGGCUUUGCCCACAACUCAGUUCCAGUAGUCCAAGCCUUGCAUUUCAGUGCAAACCCGCUCUCACUGGGAUCUGCCAGGGGGAACAGUUGAGGUGUCCAUGGAUGCUCCAUGCUGUUCUUGUGGUUAGCAGAACACUCGUGUUGGUAGAGGAGUAACCACCUUGGCUUGGGAACUGCUGUGGCUGAGUUUCUUAGAGACGUUACUUGUAUUCCUGGCUAAUCCAUGAGAUGCGUCUGGUCUGUCACGCACCCGUCCGGAGAGUCUGUCGCCCUAGAGAGCCCUUGGUCCAGCUCUCCUUUUAGGACAUGCCAUCCCCUCCGCAGAGUGGAGAGGAUGGAGGAAGAGGAUAACAGCCAAACUAGGCAGAAUAAUUCUGUCAGGUUGGUUGGUUGGUUUUGGAUUUAAUGAGAAGCAGUUUCUGAAGCAGUGGCUCCUGGUGGUCCUGACCACGACAGGGCUGUGGGUGGUGGGAGAGGCUGCACCGGCUCUCACUGUUGUGCUGACCUUUGCACAAACAGGCAGGGCUUGGGGUUCCACGUGUGCCAUGUGUAUCUGUGUGUGCCAAGCGUACCCACGGCAGUGUAUGGAAAGGGCAGCUACAAGUAUUUCUGAAAGAUGGCGGGAUGGAAUUGUUCUGAGAAGCAGCUGUGGUUUGUUAAUGUUAUUAUGCCCGAAAUAAAUGCUGCUUCAAACAUAUCCCCUCUCCAUUGUAACUAAGCGGUUCCCUGCCUGUGUUCCUGCCUUCUUUGUGUGCUUCAGCAGGAUGCAAUAAAUUC